AUGGUGAUAGAUGUGACUAGAGACAUGCUGAUUAGAAAGCUUGCUGCCUUUGAGUUGAGUGAAUUCGGUGAAUCCAUUCCUAAGUUAGAAUCUACAUUUAAAGCUAUUAUUUCUAGGAAGCAAAAAUAUAAUCGGAGAGAAAUUUAUACAAGGGUGUCCAGUUAUGUGAAGGAGAUGAGAGAGCUUGAAGAGCUUGAAGCCCUGAUUACCAGAAGGUUGCCUAAAGGAGCUGGAUUCAUUAGCCUCGACUGCGGAGGCACCGAAAACUACACAGAUGAUGCUGGAAUACAAUGGAUGCCAGAUGACCCUUACAUCAAUUCUGGACAGAAAUUUAAUCUUUCAAAUACUGCUGUUGGAGGAGAAGGAUCUAGGCAAUUGACCAGCCUUAGAAGAUUUCCCGAGAAAAGGAAAAGUUGUUACCAGUUAACGCCAGUGCAGAUUGGAACAAAAUAUCUUCUCCGCGGAACAUUCUUUUAUGGGAACCAUGACAAUCUCAGCUCACCUCCAAAGUUUGAUCUCCUUUUGGACGCCGACGUUUGGGACAGAUUGCCAUUUAGUGAUCCAAAAGAAUUAGUUGUUCAGAGAGAAAUCAUUUUCAUGGCAAAGUUCGAUCCAACUAAUGUCUGCCUUGCCCGAAAUAAUCUGAGUAUUGGAUCACCCAUCAUUUCUUCUUUGGAACUGCGACCUCUCAAUCAUAACAUGUAUUGGCCUGUCAACAGAGAUUUUUCACUAUUGAGGAUAGUGCACAGAAACUAUGCACCUCAAGGUUCUAGCGACCUCAGGUACCCGGAUGACCAAUUUGAUAGACUUUGGUAUCCAGCUUCACUACACCUUCCACCUAUCACAACCAGUAUGGAAGUAUCUAUGGGAGUGGCUUAUGACCAACCUCCAUCUCUUGUCAUGCAAGGAGCAGUAAGAAGCAACCUCAACUCCCCCUCUGUGAUAGAUAUACCUUUCAAGUUGAAUGCGCGUAAUGGAUACCUUUAUAUUUCUGCGUAUUUCGCUGAGUUAGAAGCUGAUUUGAAUGCAACAAGGCUUCGAGAAUUUGACUUCUUUCUAGAUGAUAAAAAGCUUAAUAGUGAUCCCAUUCAGCCCAAAUAUCUGCAAUCAUCAAAUGUAUCUGUCCUCGUACGAUAUGGCAUUACUAAUGGUAUAGCAUUUCGCUUCCAAGCAACAAAUCGUUCUACUUUGCCUCCAAUAGCAAAUGCUCUUGAAUGGUAUCUUCAAAGUUCUCAAAAUCAACAAGGAACAUUCACUAAAGAUGUUUCCCCUGCUUCCAAACGUGCUUUCUGGUCGGACCUAGAUGGGAUGAUUUCUCAGUAUCUGGAUCAAAAUAUUCUCAUAAGAGGGGACUUUAAUGCCAUUAGAAGUUCAAAGGAUAAAAGUGGUGGCAUUUCGAGACUUGUUAGAUCUUAA